UGGUCCCUGUGGUAGGUCCCUGUGGUAGGUUCAACUGGCUGAUCAAUAACAUGGCAAUCUUCAUCAAGACUAGCCCCAGGUGUAUUGCCCUAAAAAAACAAAAGAUUUGUAGAUUUUCAAACAAACUACAAAUGUGCAAAUUUAAUUUAGUAAUAAGAGAAGUGUUGCAGUACAAACCUACAGUUAUUGUGCCACUGCAUUGUCCCACAUGCAACGGCAAGAGCUGCAAGGGCAUUUUACUACCACAGGUGAUGCAGGUUGACAGUGGCAUCUUUGAAAACUCAGGUGUUCUGUUUCAAGCAGCAAAGCGGCAGCUGACAAAGACUGGGGUAAGACCUGUGGUCUUGGGCAGAUGUGACUUGAUUCGAUGGGAUUCGAUCACAAGGAACUGUGACUGUUCCUCGAGUCCAGCAUGGCCAUUCCGUCCGCACUCCAGCGUGCUCCCAGAGGAGGCUCCGGCGAAGGGGAAACGCGGCUCCGUUACCGUGCUACGUUGUGCUGCUGUAAGGGGGCAUGCGUCCAGGAGCCGACCACGAGCACCCGCGGCAAUCUGGCACGAGGAGCGAAUUUGCAGACACCUGACGAGCCCCUGUUUACCAGUGACUCAGCCGGCAAGGCCACAACUAGAUCGCAGCUCACGCAACACCACGAAGGUCUGUGCAAGCGCUGUGGCCUGUCCCCGGAGCCGCAUACUGGGCAUUCCUUCUGGAUCGGGGGGCCGUUUCUGGUGUCCACGUCCGCGCUGGACGUCGUGGAGCGCAGAACUCAUGAGCGCUUGAGAACAGAGACUGUCGGGCAAUGUUGCAGCUGGUACACAAAGAGGCUUGCAGUGGAUAACGCUCAGCGACAGUCUUUACUCUAGGCAUGGCGCUCGAGCUGAGCAGGCGCUCGAGCUGAGCAGGCGCUCGAGCUGAGCAGGCGCUCGAGCUGAGUCUCUGCGCCGGUCUGAGACCUCCGGAUACAUGUGGUCUGCAUGUAUCCUGUGGCUUCAUACAUUGCUAAUGCUAGUAUGUCUCUUCGGACCUCCGUGUAGCAGUGGUGAUCCACAGACGUGCUCUGAUGCGCUAUUGGCCAUCAGAAUCCACGGUGCUUGCAUGGAGAUAUCCGUUGAGAUGCCCUGGACUCCCAGGGAAUGGCGGAUGCGCCGCCGACACAUUUCUCUCACAUCCUCAUGUAACACCCAUAUUUGGUGCACCUACACAGGCUGUAGCAACCCAGGGGACUUGGAAGGCCCGAUACACCAUAAAAUAGGACUCAGACACGGGGGUUAACAUAAAUGGGUUUUUACAAAGGGUUUCAGGGUAAGGGUAGUGGGACAAACUUCAAAUUAGGGGUCUUCCCAUCCGGGGUCUGUGGUCCUUCACGGAGUGCGGUUCUGGGGGGUCAAAGCAGAGGGGAAGGUUAAUGGAAACUUUUCUCCAGGGUUGUCUCUCUGGUUCUCUCUCCCUCUGCGGCCUUGGGCUGGCUGCGAAUGCAUGCUGCACGCUCCAUGGUAAUCAGGGAGUACCUCAGGAGAUACCCGGAUACCGGCCGGGAACGGCAUGGUGUGGGCGCGGCGCCUGUGUGCUGUCAUACACUUAUUUUGUGUCCUUCCCACUAGAUAACGUAUCCCCGUUCUGGCAUGGUGCUGCCUUCCCGUACAUCCAUCUACGCGUCAGAUGAGAAGGAUACCGGAGAGAUGGUCGGUGCGGGGGCCGUUGCGGGCGCACGACACGUCGAGCGCUGGGUCUUGACGGGACGUGCGCGUGGGCCAGCUCCGCGGACCGCACAUCGGAUGGUAUGCGACGUUAAGGAUACGCACACAUAGCCGUAGUCACUGUAAUGGUAGCAUGACCGGGCAUCCAGAAUUUUAUCACUAGUAAAUGGUGGGAUGUCAUGUGGUCUCAAGAGGAGCGACGCUCCGCUCUACACAUAGUAUAGACUGGCGGAGUGUCGGUGUUUGGGGAUUUAACUUGUUGCUCCCUGCUUCAUGUCAUGCCUGCUGCAGUGAAGGCAGGGAGCGUUUCCCCAUGUACAUCC